UUUGUUUCUUAUAAUAGUAAAAUACUACAAGUAGUAGAAAAGAAAACGAAUCAGCACAGUUUUGGACAUGGGGAAGUCACUCCUUUUUGUGACUUUCCUUAUUAUUUCAAUCAUUGGAGCAACCACUGUUGGAGCGUCUGAUGAUCAUAAGACUCCGACACCAGUGCCAGCUGGUCCUAAGGCUCCAACACCAGUGCCGGACCCUAAGACCCCGGCACCCGUGCUAGUCCCUAAGACACCUACUCCGGCACCAAAACCCAAGACACCAGCACCGGCACCUAAGACACCUGCACCGACACCAAAACCUAAGACACCGGCACCCAAACCUAAGACACCGGCACCGGCACCCAAACCUAAGACACCGGCACCGGCACCCAAACCUAAGACACCGGCACCAGCACCCAAACCUAAGACACCGGCACCGGCACCCAAACCUAAGACACCUGCGCCGACACCCAAGCCUAAAACUCCAGCACCGGCACCAAAGCCUAAACCAAAAGAUGAUGAUGAGACUAAUUACGAUGAGUUGACACCUGACCCAAAAUCAGGAUGUGAAAGGGCUUUUUGUAAAUCCAAAGUUUGUCAAUACAAGACACUAACUUGUCCCAAGGAGUGCCCAGAAAGAAAGCCCAAGAAGAACAAGAAGAGUAAAGGGUGCCAUAUUAAUUGUGGGAGAAAGUGUGAAGCUACUUGCAAGUGGAGGAGACCAAAAUGUAACGGAUAUGGCUCUCUGUGUUACGAUCCAAGGUUCGUUGGUGGUGAUGGAGUUAUGUUUUACUUCCAUGGUGGCAAAGGACGUGAUUUCGCUCUUGUCUCAGACACCAACCUUCAAAUCAACGCCCAUUUCAUUGGAAGCCGACCUAAUGGUAGGAAGCGUGACUACACAUGGGUUCAAUCAGUGGCAGUCAUGUUCGACAGCCAAUCACUAGUCAUUUCAGCCAAGAAAGUACAACAAUGGGAUGACUCUGUGGAUGUCCUUCUUGUGAAAUGGAACGGUAAAGAAGUCACGGUCCCAUUUGAUGGAGAUUCUGAAUGGAAAACCAACACGGGAGUAAGAGAUGUAGUGGUCGAGAGGACUGAUGACACCAACACCUUGAAAGUCACUAUUGGUGGGUUGGUAGAGAUUGACAUGAAGGCCAUUCCAGUGACCAAAGCAGAUGACAAAGCUCACAACUACCAGCUACCAUCAAGUGACGCUUUUGCCCACUUUGAGUUGCAAUUCAAGUUUUCGAAUCUUUCAGACGAUGUGGAGGGUAUCUUGGGGAAAACAUACCAACCGGGGUAUGUCAGCCCGGUGAAGAGAGGGAUAGCUAUGCCUAUAAUGGGUGGGGAAGACAAGUAUGAAACUUCAUCCCUUACUUCCCCUGUUUGCAAACUAUGCAGAUUUAAGCCACAAACUGAAAUGGCUGAUGCUAUUGGUAUCUCUGAAUACUGAUCAACUAUUGUAAUGUUACAAUUUCAUCUUCUGAUUUUCUAUUAAAUUGUAUUAAUAAUGGAAAGAAAGCCUUCCAAAUU